CUGCAGUUUUAUUCGACGUAUAAGCUUCCGGAGUCCUUCCUGCCCCCUCUCUCCCUCUCUCUCAACCCUUCACUUGCAGAGGAACAAGGAUGGCAAACAGCAAUUUGCCCCGCCGGAUCAUCAAGGAAACGCAGCGUCUCCUUAGUGAGCCAGCUCCAGGGAUCAGUGCGUCGCCCUCGGAGGAUAACAUGCGCUACUUCAAUGUUAUGAUCCUUGGUCCGUCACAAUCUCCAUAUGAAGGAGGAGUUUUUAAGCUUGAACUUUUUCUCCCCGAAGAAUAUCCAAUGGCUGCUCCAAAGGUCCGUUUUCUUACUAAAAUAUACCAUCCCAACAUUGACAAGCUUGGAAGGAUUUGUCUUGAUAUUCUGAAAGAUAAGUGGAGUCCUGCUCUGCAAAUUAGGACAGUUCUGUUGAGCAUCCAAGCCCUUCUGAGUGCUCCAAACCCAGACGACCCACUUUCUGACAACAUUGCUAAACAUUGGAAAACAAACGAAGCCGAAGCUGUUGAGACAGCUAAGGAAUGGACUCGUUUAUAUGCAAGUGGUCCGUAGCCGCAUUUUCAGCAUGAGAAAUUAUACCAUUCUCAUAUACCCGAGUAUGAUUUGAAGGCAAUGAUGACUGGGAAGUUUGAUAGCUUUUCCAUCAAUGAGAUGGUGGCUUGAAAUCUGCAUAAUGUAAACUAGCUUAUAAUUUCAGAACGACUAAGUAUCUUUAUCAAGAGAUGUUUCCAAUACACUUGCAAGUCUACCGUCCAAAUUGUUAUUAUCAUGCAACUACAUGUUUUUUUCCAAUCUUA